AUGCCAAGCACAACAUCACCAACGGCGCUCUCGAGCACUGAAUCUGUCGCCCUCAGUGGGGUCGCCGUAGUAUGCGUCGCCACCCUCAUCCGCACCUUCGACGGAGAAGGCGAGCCGCUGGUCGCAUCCUUGGCUCUGAGUGGUCUUGCCUUCGCUGCCAGCUAUGCCAUGAUCAGAUGGCUGGGUCCGACCUUCCUCAAGGCCGGCUUGAAGGGCCGCGACAUGUCCAAAGUCAACAACAGCCACUACAUACCUGAGUGCAUGGGAGCCAUAUGCGCUGUGGUCUACCUCCUGACCAUCAUCAUCUUCAUACCCUUUCCUUUCUACAAAGACAUCGUUGUCGCGACUAGUGGCGGUGGAAAUCGGGAUGUGGUCAUGAAUGUUGAAUUCGUUCAGCAGGGGAGAUUGCUUCACAAGUUCCCGCAUAGCAAGCUGGCCUCGUUCUUGUCUGCAAUCAUCUCUCUACAGUCCAUAACCCUUCUCGGCAUUGGCGACGAUCUCUUCGAUAUCCGCUGGCGACACAAGUUCUUCAUCCCGGCCUUCGCCUCGAUUCCUCUCCUCGUCAUCUACUUCGUCGAUUUUGGUGUCACCUCGAUCGUUCUGCCAACCUUUCUCCAACCCUACAUCGGCCGCGAGCUGCUCGACCUCGGCAUACUCUACUAUGGCUACAUGGCAGCCUUCUCCAUCUUCAGUCCCAACAGCAUCAACAUCCUGGCGGGCAUCAACGGCAUCGAGGUCAGUCAGAGCAUCGUCAUUGCACUCCUUUUGGUGCUCAAUGACGCCCUAUACCUCCUCACACCAUACCCUCACCCGGCCACCGACUCCCAUCUGUUCUCUCUGUACUUCCUCCUGCCAUUCUUGGGCGUGAGCUUCGCCCUUCUCUUCCACAACUGGUAUCCUGCCCGUGUUUUCGUUGGAGACACGUACUGCUACUUUGCUGGUAUGGUGUUCGUGGUGGUUAGUAUCCUGGGUCACUUCUCGAAGACAUUGAUUCUGCUGCUGGUCCCGCAGAUCUUCAAUUUUAUCUACAGCUUGCCCCAGCUUUCCCAUGUGCUCCCAUGCCCACGUCACCGUCUGCCACACUUCAGCGCCAGGUCAGGACUACUCGAACCGAGUGUGACAAAGUGGGAGAAGGACAAGCAGCCGCGCCCCAUUAUCGCCCAAGGUCUGCGUCUCCUGGCCAAAUUCAAGCUCUUGCGCAUCAAAGAAGAUGAAGAAGGUCGAAUCGAAGAGACGAGUAACUUCACCAUCCUCAACCUGUGGCUUGUCUGGCGAGGACCGAUGAGGGAGGACAGAUUGGCCGUGGAGAUCACAACCAUGCAAAUCCUGGUCGGUCUGUUCGGUCUCUUUGUGAGACACAAGUUGGCUCUUCUGAUCUUCCGCGAAGACAAUCUGAGCAUCAAAAGUCCCGUCUAG